AUGGUACUGAACGCUGCUGUACAAAUGUUAAGGGAAGCGGAGGAGUUAAAGCAAAAAAUAUUAAAAUUUAACAAUGGAACUUCAAUGCUUCAGGAUAAGAGCCUUUGGUCAACACAACAACAAUUACAAAAGGUAUAUCAAAAAGUUUUGGUGCUAGAUUUAGACUAUGCGCUGGAAAAGAAAGUGGAACAAGACCUUUGGAAUGUAGGAUUCAAGCAACAGAUUGAGGCAUUGCAGGCAAUAUCCAAAGAUAGAAAGAAUCCACUUAAGAGUGAGGCUCAAGCAAUGCUAUCAUGGGUUUUGCAAGCAGCUGUGGGAUUUUAUCUUUGUCUUCUACAUCAAAUCUGUACUUCUUUCAAACUAGACUUACCAUUUAGACGUCGUGCUUCACUACUUGGUGCUGUAGAAGGAUGGGACGCCAGCCCACCAGUGGGUGUGGGUGUGGUGUCCGCAGGUGUGGGCGCCGCUCGCUAUGCGUGCCAACACUGCCUCGUGCAUUUAGGUGACUUGGCCCGGUAUAGGCAACAAUUGAGAGUGGCACAUACCUUCUACAGGCAUGCUUUGGCAGUGUCUGUGCACUCCGGACAACCAUACAAUCAGCUGGCGCUGGUGUCGUGGCGGCGCGGGCGGCGGCUGGCGGCGGUGUACUGGCACGUGCGCUCGCUGCUGGUGCGCGCGCCCUUCCCGCCCGCGCCCGCCAACCUCGCGCGCACGCUCGCCGCCGCCGCCAGUCGUGAUGUGAAAGAAGCCCCGCCACUCCCAGUGCUUCCGGGCCUCGCAGCGCCCUCGCAGACGACAACCAACGUUCCGGAGAGAUUAGACUCGCACACGUACGUCAAUGAGCUGGUGCGGGCCGUGCAUUACUUGCACAGUGUUGAACAGCUGGACACAGCAGAGGAGUUAGUAAAUACUCUCAGUAUAUCGCUGUCGCCACUCAUAGCUACCGAUAGUUUCGAUUCGAUGACUCUUAUAAAGAUGACGUGCGUGCUGAUCUGGCUGGCGCACUCGGCGACGGAGGAGUUCACGUUGGAGCCCGAGGCGCAGAGCGCGGCGGAGGCGCGCGCGGCGCGGCUGGCGCUGGCGCUGGGCGCCGCCGCCGGCCUGGCGCUGCUGCUGCCGGCCUACGCGGCCGCCGCGCCGCCGCCGCGCGCGCUGCCCGCAUUAAAAGUAUGGCUACAGUGGGUAGUACUCCAUCCGAAGGUGGUCAGCUCCAAGGCGUGGGCGUCCCGGCCGCAGCUGUGGGCGGCACUCGCUUAUGUGUUCAAUAAGCUCUCACCUCUUACCAAAGAAUAUGACAAGAAAUAUGACGCGGUGCCAUUACCAGAAGAUGAAGAGCUGAACGGUUUCUUGCCGCUCGAAGAAGCCUUCAAGGAUCUGAAGUUUAACAACUCCAGUUGGGAGACCAACAAGCUGCCCGAGACCGACCUUUCCGACGAGGAUGUGGGGUCGACGGGCGUCUCUCCCCUGUCGCUGAUCGGCGAGCCGGAGCUGGAGCAGCGCGUGCGCGCCGCGCGCCUGCUGCGCCUCGCGCGCCGCCUCGCCGCCCUGCACCCCGCCCACCUCACCUACACCACUAACGAAGACGGUACUUGGACGUUCGAGGCGAGCGCAGUGAGCGGCGAGCAGCUGGAGCGUACGCUGGCCGCGUUGGCCCCCGCGCCCCCCGCGGCAGUCCCCUCGCCCCCCGCGGCAGGCCCCGCGCCCCCCGACCCCUCGCCCGGCGACCCCUCGACUGACGACCCCGCAUCCGAGGCGGAGUCCCCCGCGCCGCCGCCGCCUGUCAUCAUAUCCGAAGCUGAUUUUAGAGAGAAAGUGCGAGAGAAACGCGUCGGCAUCCUGAAGCCGCAGGGCUCGCUGGAGCGCGCGCGCGAGGAGAGAGCUCUCGCCACCACGCACGAGGAACCGGAAAUGGAAGCUUUAGAAGAAAUAAGUAAAAGCGAAGAUAAGAAAGAAGCUCGCAAGCCCCGCGUCAACAUCGCGAUGGCCGCCAUUAUGCGCAAGCAGGAGGAGACCAACAAACAAGUGAAAUUCGUAACCCCGCCGCCUACACCUGAUUCAACAAGUGAGUCAGCAGAGACCAAAGAUGAAAAACCUAAAGUAAUUCAACCAAAAGCAAUAAAGUCCCUCGCGAACCUACCUAUAGGCAGGAAAACUGGAGGCAUCCUCUCAUUGAAGGACAAGUCGGCCGGGUACCCGCACUUACAAAACAUAGAACCAGAACCUAAGAAACCAGAUAAAGAUGAUAAAAAGGAACCCAAAACCAACCAAAGCGUCAGUCCUAACUCUCAAAGCUAUCAAAAACGAGAUCAAACGGCCAACUGGCCGAACUUGUCCCAGAACUACGAUAGUCCAAGAAUGAACUUCCAAAAGAAUUAUGGCAUUCAAAACGCAGGCCUUAGCUAUAACCCAAGUUACCAAGCAAACAACCAAGGCAUCAAAUUACCAGUUGUCAAUCCAAAAGAAAUAGACGUGAGGACCGCAGCGCUACAGAAACAGAGUUCUCGCCAAGAACUAUUCCAAGAUGGCCACAAAUUCAACCAGGGCUACCAAAUGUCCGGAGACAAGAAGAACUUUUUAAACGAUUUGCCGCCUCGUUUCGCGAACCAAUAUCGCUACUGGCAAAACGCUCAGGACAACCAGUUCAACGAAAAUAAAUUUAGGGAUGAUACCAUGAAGAAUACUUCAUUUAACCCAAAUGCAAGACAGAACUGGACUCAAAGUGAAACUCAGCAAGUGCAAUGGUGGAAGCCGGAGAACCAACCAAAUUUCAACCCGCCAAGUUUUCCCAACCCACCCCUAAAUAUGCCCAACUUCUACUCGUCGUUGCCAACCAACAUGCCAAGUCCAUAUACGAAUAUGCCAUUUAACCAAAACAUGCCAAGCUUAGGACAAAAUAUGCCAAACAUGGCACAGAAUAUGGCGAAUAUGGCACAAAACAUUCAGAAUAAACCAGAAAAUUUGGUCAAUUAUCCACAAUCAGUGAUAGGGCAACCACAAAUGCAACCUAUUCAAAAUUUGGUUACUUCACCAAACUUUAAUUCUACUUUAAAUAGCUUCAGUCCAUACAAUCCUUCGGUUAGCUACGAUUCUUCAAUGUACCCACAUUUUAAUAGCUAUCAUCCGGUGAAGAUGGAGAAGCCCAGUUUCCAGGGUCAAGGGAAGGAGCCCGACACCCUCAACUUUGGUCCCAAUGUCCUGGAGAUGCACAGGAAUCUAAAUUAUAACGAGUUUGGGGAUGGUGCCAUGAAAACGUUGGAUGAUGUCCCGCAGCAGCCGGGCGCGGGCGCAGGCGCGGGCGAGGCGAGCACGUACUCGCUGUUCAGCGGCGCGCCCGACGCCGCCGCGUGGCCGCCCGCACACCAACAGUCCCUCUGGUCCGGUCCGGGGCCUUCCCCGCUGGAGCGUCUCCUGGAACAGCAGAAGCAGAUGAAGCCCCCCGCGCCCCAC